UUUUGAGGAACGGAUGAAUGGACCUGGGCCUAGGCCUAGGUCAGCCAGGUAUUUUUGCAUCAUUCUGUGAUGGAGAAUGAAUGGCACAGGCAUCGAGUUUCCCGGUAAUGUACCGCAUUGCGGCGACUUCCUCUCGGACCUUUUCCCUAAAAGGAAACGCAGAAUUGAGUCUGAGAAAGCGUAUCCACAACAAGCGGGAUGUCACAGACCCCCCCCCCCCAACAGACCCAACACCUCCAAGAUUCCCCUUGCCCAGCUUCAACACCCGAUCAGAACACUGCAGAGCUCCUGCAGAUACACAUCUCGCGCAUCUGUCAACGCACCACAAUGACGUUAUAAAUGUAGCCAAGGACUGUCGCCCCAGAUAUAUCGCAGGGAACUUCUAAUACUGGCCAAUGAACCGCCUGGAAACGAAAGUCCGUACAGCAAUGGGACAA